AUGGACGUCGCCUUCGCCUUCAUUGCUCCAGCUGCACAGGCUGCGCUGCGAUCCGCCGAACAAGCUAUCGCUCCAGCCGCACAAGCUGCUCUGCGGUCCGCAGAAGAUGUCAUUGCCCCAGCCGCACAAGCUGCUCUUCGGUCCGCCGAGGAAGCCAUCGCCCCGGCCGCACAAGCCGCCCUGCGAUCCGCCGAACCAGCCAUCGCCCCGGCUGCACAAGCUGCUCUGGCAGCCGCUGCCGAUGCUGGCGAAGCUGCAUGGGCUUUCGCGUCCGCGAACCCAGCCGCCGCAGCCUGUGGUGUUGUGGCUCUGGGCGGUUUGGCCAUAGUCGCCGCCCCAGCUGUCAUCACGACCCCUGCGCUGUCCGCCGUCGGCUUUACUCCCGUGGGGCCCGCGGCUGGAACAAUCGCCGCAACUGUUCAGACUGCAAACGUUGCUGCGGGAGGUCUCUUUGCUACCAUGCAAAGCGCCGCCAUGGGGGGAUAUGGGGUCGGGGCGGUUGCUGCCGCUGGUCAGGUAGUUGGAGGUCUGGCUGCCGCAGCAGGAGGGGCGGGAGCUGCAGUUUUUGCACAGAACAACCAAGGACAAGUAAGGGAUUGA